AUGGAGUUCAUGGUGGUAUUGGUGUGCCUCAUAUUUAGCGUUUUGUCAACGAUAGAACAAUACAGUAAUUUUGCGAAUGAAACUUUGUUUUGGAUGGAAAUAUGUUUGGUGUUUUUUUUUGGAUUCGAGUACUUAGUGAGGCUAUGGAGCGCCGGCUGCAGAUCAAAGUACAUGGGAUGCUGCGGUCGUUUGCGAUUCAUACGCAAACCCAUUUGUAUUAUAGAUUUAAUCGUAGUCGUUGCAUCCAUGGUGGUGCUGUCAGUGGGAAGCAAUGGACAAGUAUUUGCCACGUCCGCAAUUCGUGGUAUUCGGUUUCUACAGAUUCUGCGAAUGCUUCAUGUCGAUCGGCAGGGCGGCACUUGGCGACUACUUGGGUCUGUUGUCUUCAUUCAUCGACAGGAAUUGAUAACAACUCUGUACAUCGGUUUCCUCGGUCUUAUUUUCAGCAGUUAUUUUGUGUACCUUGCUGAGAAAGACGCCGUUGGGCCUGAUGGAAAAACCGAUUUCUCGAGUUAUGCUGAUGCGUUAUGGUGGGGUGUGAUCACAGUAACAACAAUAGGCUACGGUGACACAGUACCCCAAACGUGGAUGGGAAAAAUAGUAGCCUCCUGUUUCAGUGUAUUUGCCAUAUCGUUCUUCGCACUUCCAGCGGGUAUCCUUGGUUCUGGUUUCGCACUCAAAGUCCAACAAAAACAACGUCAGAAACACUUCAACCGUCAGAUACCAGCGGCAGCAAUGUUGAUCCAAUGUCUUUGGCGAUGUUAUGCGGCGGACAAGGCCAUCAACAGCGUUGCUACAUGGAAUAUUUACAUAAAGGACCCAGCACCACCGGGUCAACCAUCCACUCCACUUGGAAAGUCUCUGAUGAUCCAGGUGGCUAAAAAGGCGAGUGUCCUGAAGAGGCGGAAAUCGAGAAAUCGAAUGGAGAUGCAAAAUCAACAGCAGCAAACGCCAUCACAACCGUCUGUCCCUGUAUCGGGCGGCACAACGGGAACACAGACUGACAGUAGGAUUGAUAAUGAAGGAGAUGUGGUUUUUUAUAUGGAAGAACCCAAAUCGGGCACACCCAAUCGAGUGAGACGAGAUAACCGGGGUAGUUUAUUCACAUCUCAGACAAGCUCAGUGACAGAAGCGGCGAGUGACGAAAUCGACAUCGACAUCGAUGAGCCACAACGAGUUACGACGCUGACAGAGGCACACAGAAAUGCGAUAAGAGCCAUCAGAAAGAUCAAAUAUUUUGUGGCACGAAGGAAAUUUCAACAGGCGAGAAAACCCUAUGAUGUGCGCGACGUAAUCGAGCAGUAUAGCCAGGGGCACUUGAAUAUGAUGGUUAGAAUUAAGGAGCUGCAGAGGAGAUUGGAUCAAACCCUUGGUAAGCCGGGAAGCUACCUAGCAGGAAUCGACCGGGCUGGCAACAUAAAACCUAUGACGAUUGGUGCCCGUCUGUAUCGAGUCGAGCAGCAGCUUUCCGUAAUGGAUAAAAAACUCGAUCAACUGGUGUACGUAUUAAACGCAGUGGCCCAAAAACAACAAAUACCAUUGAGAAGCAUCGAGGACGACGUGUAACAGAGCGCCCCCAAUGAAUUUAUACAUGCAAUAUGUCAUCAUACUCAACCUCGAUUAACCAUAACCACAGUUGUACCAGAAAUGCUCAGCAGAGCUCAUUGAAUGCUCUCAGGCUAUACAAACAAAUUGGGCUGGGUGGAAUCUGUGGUAUAGUUAACUUGAAAACGCCAUAAAACGCUCCAUGCUCGCUCGAAUUGCCGAUAAACGCAUGAUCUCUCAAUCGCGCCGAUGAAUUCCUUUGAUUUUUUUUUAAAGCUUCACGAUAACGAAGUAGUUGAAUUCUUGAGAGAUGGCUGAUACGCACAGAACAAGAUGCAACAACCAAUAAUCAAGAGAUGGAGAAUAAUUCACGUACAAACCACAAUGAUUUUCCAUCGAAAAUAGGAUGGACUGUUUCCACGAUAAAUUGAUCAUCCACCUUUCACUCAAUAUGAAUGAAUCAAUAUAUUUCGACUAUAAUACGAUCUUAUCGCACAGUAUUGGAGAGUUGAUGCUCUCUAUCAGUAAUGAGAAAAUGGGAACCAUAGAGAAGAUAUUUUAGCAAUAAAUUUUUAAAAUUGAUCGAUAAUGUUAUCGGGAAACGUCGGUCCAAUGGAGUCCUAGAGAUUUAUUUUCUUUUCCAUUUUCACUGCUCGUGUGAACCCAAUUAAUUAAGCUAAUUGAAUACGAGUUGAACAAAUAUUGUAAAUACAUUAAUUGAACGAAAUAAUACCGGUGAAUUAUAAUUAGAGCGAGCUUCGUAGGAGAAUACGAUCGACCGUAUUUUCAACGAUAAAGUAAUAAAUAGAUGAUUAAACUGCAGUUUGUAGGGUCCAAAAUGAAUGUAAACGGUGGGAAAACGAUUAGCUAUGAAUGUGGGAUAAUUUACAAGUGCACGGUGAAAUGAAUCAUGAAAGUUAUUCAGUGAAAUUAGUAUGGAUCCCAAUUGAAUGGACAAAUGAGUGGAUGGGAGCGCUGUGCAUGCACCAUAAUAUGGAUAACGUAAUCGUAGAAUGCAUCGCUGCAAAUUCAUUUCAGUGCAUAUUCCGGACGGAUAAACGAACAAUUGACCGAGCAUAUGAGGGAGAUACUGAUACAAGCGUGUAUUUUUUUUUCCAAUGGUAGAGGCAGGAAUUUUACUCUUAUAAAAUAAAUAACAGUGCUUUGAGCCUACAAUUGCAUCUUUUGCACAUUCUAUGGUGCCUCUCAUUCUACUUCACUAUGAGAUAUUUGAAUUAGAUAGAUGACAUUAAGCGAGUAACAAUAAAUAAAUUGCUGAGAGUUGUAAUUAUCUUGAUAAUGAGUAAUAAGUUGUUGACAAUUACUCACAACUUAUGCUUGUGAAUUUCCUUAGCACCGAUAACAAAAUCAGCGAUUAUUGAUUUUAGACAAUUGUCAUUUUUAUAUUGUAAGGUAAAUAUUUCAUAGUUUCAGGAAGCUUCACAAAUUGAAUAUUCUGCAUUUUUUUAUACUAAUACGCUUGUUUUGAUUAUUCGGUUCUUUUUCAUUUGCGGAAGACUAGUAGAUUUGUAAAGUUCAUUAAUUAUAUGCAGACAUUCAUCAGUGGAGGAUUAUCGAUACUGUAUUUUUAAUUGUAAUCGAACUUUUUUCGAAAUAAUUCUCGAAUAAUCAGUAGCCAUGCUGGCCUAGGUGACAGCUCGUCUCAUGUAAUUUUCACUAUUGUAAAUUUUCACCCCAUAAGUUCAGUAAAUCUCGUGCGUUAAAUAUAAUACGAGUGGCAAGUAGUGUUCGUGAAUCGGCCGAAAAAAAUCUCUAGAAUUACACGUCAACUACAAUUUUUAUUAUGAAAAUUAUUGAAAAUACGGAAUUUCUCCGUACGGAUCAAUAAAAGUAAUCACACAACUUAGAGAUUUGCAUAAUUCGAUUAUAUUCAAGUAAAUCAGUUGAAUCUAUAUUGGUAGAGGUGAGGAAUUAUCCAAUGAUCCCGCUUAGUGAAACAACAAGGGCAUAGAAAUAUAAAUAUAAGUCAACAUGAGUAAAAGUAGAAUUCGCUAUGAAAAAAAUUCUGCUACUCGCAGCUUAGAAUGUGAUAUCACGCGACCUAGUUAUCAAAAAUGUCAAUAAUUUCUAUUCAACCACGUGUUUGCCUCUGUUAUGAAUACCCCCAUAUAUUUCUGUACCGAGAUAAGAAAACUACCAGAGUAAUUUCAACAGAAAUAAAAUAUCUUAGCUAAUUGUUCAGCAGGAAAAGGAACGAAGCGGGUAAAAUUACAUGCGAAUCCGAGGAAGCUUGGAAAUAUUGAAAUGAAUAUUAUAUUCUUUGAAUGGAGGCAGAACUAAUGAAUCUUGCAUUCAGCUGAAUAUUGAAUAAAAAGAUGCAAUACUCAUUUUUUCUUAUCCAAGCUGCCUCAGAAAACUACUUAAGCUUUUUCUACGCAAAACGUGGCUGUUAUUUAUAAAUUACAUCCAAGUUUUAGUCAGAUGGUUUCCAGUAAUGAUUAAUGAAUCAGACGAUCACAUUCCGAGUUGAUACAGUGACAUAUCUAUCACUUGAACAUUUUAACUAGGAGUUUAGAAUAAACUUUUUUGAAAAUAACCAUGGCAAUGCGAGGCAUAAAGUGUAUUAAUUGAACUAAUGAAUUUCUAGUCAUUUGAAUUUGGUUCUCAACUUGGGCACAAAAUAUUGAGUACAGUAGACUCUGGUUAGAGUCGACUGUUUUGCGGGAUAGGGGAAGCGAAUUCGGGAAGCGAAUUCGGAGCCCGACUUCCGGGAAAACUGGGAACGAUAAAAUGAAAAAUACUAUUUCUUUUCUCUCUCAAUUCAACACUUCAUUUUA